AUGACCCAAGACGCCGACGCGCAGGUUCAAGCGCUGGCGCAACUCCACGAUCUCCAGCGACAUUACACUGCGCGUCAGUCUCUACGUACUGCCAAUAGUGCUGUCAACGUCGCGUCUGUGCGUGCCCAGCUCUCCAGUCUAAAGCUCAAAUCGGAUAUAAAACGGUCAUCCGCAUUUGUAAAAAAGUUGCGCGUGUUGUCCGAAUGUAACGCGGACUCGUUGUUGCGCGAGGCAGCCGAGCUGAACCUUACACGCUAUGUGAGUGAAUGUGUUGCAGCGUUAGCUGAUGCACCACUUAAACUUGUGGAUCUAGGAGCUGCUGUUAAAGUGGCAUCAUUGUUACAUCAACGUUACGAUGAAUUUGCACCUGGAAUCGUCCGUGCAUUAGUCAGCAGCUUUGAAGCCUCUUACACUUCAGAUGAUAGGAACAAGAUGCUUAAACGUCGUCUUACUCUUCGCUUAUUAAGCGAACUCUAUCUAGUUGGUGUCUUUGAUGAUGUCCAGGCUAUUGCACAGAUUAUCCAGAGAGUGGCACGCCGAGAACAGCCAGCGAUGAAGAAAAACAAAAGUACUAUGUCUUCAAGUAGUACUAUCUCAGGAACCUCUUCUUCUUCUUCGUCACAGCAAUUGGAAGUGCCAUUGCUCGUGAGCUUUGCCAAAUCAGUUGGUGUUGACUUUCUCGGUGUUCAGCCCAAGAAAUACAAAGAAAUGGAGAAAUUACUGGAAAAUAAUCAAGAGUUUGUCAAAUUUGUGAACAAUCAGACGUCAGUAGUACCCAAAACUGUACAGAUUGAGUGUCUCAAUUGCUAUCUUGAAGCAUACGAAAAGAUCUGCAAGUUUUACUUGGCACAACAUACAACGUUUCUGAAACUUGAUGCAAGGAAUGAAAAAGAAGAAGCCAAUCGGGGAGAAGUGACGGACGAACAUGUGCAAGAGCUUAAGAAUGCCAAGCUCUUGUUUGAGAAGUUGCAGACGAGCGUCAAUUCACUGGCGGAUGCGCUAGAUCGAGAAGUACCACCACUGCCAGAGGAGGAGAAGGAUGAUGGGUCUGGUAGUGGAAAUAUUCUCAUCUGGGAAGGUGGAGAUGGCGGAGGACGUGAAGUGAGUCGUGACGGACCAUUUGAUGAUGAAGCCACACGCUCAUUUUAUCAAGAUUUGCCGGAUCUAUUGGAUUUAGUGCCUGCGGUAGUGUUAGGACUCACCGAGGCCGAUGUUGCCGAAUUGAAGAAGAAGAAAGAGGCUUGUGCAGACGAAGAGGCAGAAACAGAACAUGAGUCGGAAGAAGAAAUCGAGGCCAAUGCAGAUGACGACGAGAAAGAAGGUGGGGAUGUUGAUGAUGCACUGGACAGUCAAGAGGCUGUUGCGCUUAAGGAUCCCGUAGUUAGUAAUGCAGACGAGGAGGAAAGCAAGGUGAGGGAAGGAACGGAUAAUGCGAGUACAAAUGUCACUACUGCUUCUUCGAGUGGAGCAACCAACAGCUAUCACCAUCAACUGGACGCAUUUUUCGCUUCCCUUGAAGAUUUGGUGAAUCGAGAUCGUUGCGAUAAGGCGGCGGUCGAAUUUUGCUACCGCAACUCAAAGGCAACAAGAAACCGACUCGUGAAGGCCCUGUAUGCUGUGCCGCGGACCCAUCUAGAGCUCUUGGCUCACUAUUCGCGCCUCGUAGCCACACUGCAGAGCGUACUAAAGGAAGAUAUUGGGGGAGAGCUUGUGAACAUGCUCGUGGGCGAAUUUCAUGGUCUGAUUAAACGGCGCAACCAGUUUCGUCUUGAAUCAAAGAUCAAAAACAUCCGUUUUUUGGCAGAACUGGUGAAAUUUCGGAUCUGCCCACCGAAUACAGGCUUUCGCUGUUUGCAAAAAUGCUUCCAGGAUUUCCAGGGGCAUAACGUUCACGUCGCCACUACCUUUCUCGAGAACUGUGGCCGAUUCUUGUACUGCUCAAAACACACGCAUGUGCGCACGGUGAACUGCCUAAAUGUCAUGAUGAGGCUCAAGGCAGCUAAGCAUUUGGAUCCACAGCUGGAGACUCUUGUGGAGAACGCGUACUACAUGUGUAGGCCUCCUGAGCGUGUGGAGCGUCAAGUGAAACAGUACGACCCAAUGUACUUGUUCCUAAUUAAGGUGCUGUAUGAAGAUCUUAACGGCUCAAACGUCAACAAGGUUGUGAAAACCCUUCGCCGGCUGCCAUGGCAAGACAACAACACCUGUGCAAUGGUCUUGAAAGCUUUGCUGAAGGUUACAAAAGGCAAGGUGAUGCAGAUGAAAUGGAUAUGCGAGGUGGUGAAGGGUCUCUCCCGAUAUCAUGAUGAAGUGUUGGUGCUGCUUGUGGACGACGUGUUGGAGCAUAUUCGGUACGGAUUGGAAAUAAACGAUUAUCGCGAUCACCAGCGUAGCCUGGGAUAUGUUAAGCUCUUAGGAGAGAUUUACAACUGUGGUCUUGUGAGCAUGAAUGUGGUAGUGGAAACCCUGUAUCUACUGAUCAAUCACUCGCACGAUUUGCUGACAUUGACACAGUACAGCAGCGACAAAAUCGCAUCAGCUCAGUUAUUGGAGAUGAAGAAGCGUUUUCUGCUUGUCCCUGACAUGCGGUACGACCCUCGUGUACCAAGCGAAGUUGACGGCCCGAGUGAAGUGUUUCGCGUCCGUCUGGUCAGCGCCUUAAUUGAGACCUGUAACGGCAGUGGAGCUUCAAGCGUGCCGAUUAACAAUGGUACUUUAAGCGAAAGAGGUAUCUCUCGACCUCGCCUCGGGCGUUUCAUGAUCUUCUUUCAACGAUAUCUGUUCUCCAAGACAGAUGUGCCGAUGGAAACCGAUUUUGUCGUGUUCGAUCUGUUCGACAUGCUAGCUAGCAGUCUGAAAGACCAUUUUAAAAGGUUUGAUACGUGGGAGGCGGUUGAUGAGGCCGUCCGAGAGAUUCUUUGCGGCGAUUUGGAAGAAGCUGAGCGUCGGCUGUCGAAGAAGAAUGCGGCAUUGCUGAUGGCCACCAAUGGCCUCGAGAGCGUAGCAGAGGAGGGACCAAUGUCACAGCCAGCAGAUGAUGACGAAGAGUUUUUCGAAGAUGAAGAGGACGAUUCGGACGACGACGACGACGAUGAUGAUGAACAUGAAGAUGACUAUCACGCUGAAUGUGAUGAUGGUGAUGAGGAUGAUGAAGACGAUGACGAUGACGAUGACGACGAGGAGGAGGAGGAGGAAGAAGACGAAGACGAAGACGAAGAGGAGCACUUUAUAAUCCACGACCGCAUUCAGAAAGGUGAGGACGAUGACGAGUUUGAGAAGGCGUUCAAGUCGAUGAUGCAUGGGACCUCUGACACACGCAAGGCCUCGGCGAGAGUAAACGUAGACAAGAUGGCUAUCCCCACCGUAGUGAAGAGCUCGGCUGCUUUUACGCCCGCAGGCUCUCGUGGAGUAAUGUCUCUUGACUCAAACGGGUCCUCCGAUGGAGUGGUGUUCCGCAUGCUCCGUCGCGGUAACAAAGGCAAAGUGGAGGCGCGCGCUUUAGUAGUGCCAGAAGAAUCGUCUUUGGCUCAGCAUAGCUACCGUCAGGAAAAUGCUGGAAAGAAGGAACAGACCGAAUUGAAGCGUCUUGUGCUGCAAAACAUGGAGCGUGAUGAUUUUAUGAGUGAUGGACCUUCCAGUGAGGGCAUUCCCAGUUUUGGUCCCGUUCCUCGCGCUAACGUGAACUACGGUAGUCAAGGAACAGGGCAGCAGGUCAGUGAUGCUCGCAUAGGAUUUGGAGGUGGCAGUGAGUGGAACAACGCAGAGUUUGGACUUCGUCGGGGCAAAGGAUAUCGUGGUGUGAAGUAG